GACGUUGCUCGAGCACAUAUCCACUUAUUCGAGUAUCCCGAGGCAAAAGGGCAAUACAUCAUGGCGGCGGAGCAGUUCGAGAUAGGAGAGCUUUCCGAUUUCCUCUCCGUUAAAUAUCCACAAUAUAAGAUGCCUUCUCCAGACUCGUGGAAAGAUGUGGCGGCGGUGAAAUUUUCUGGGCUGUCGACGAAGAAGCUUGAGGCGACUGGAUUCAAGUACGAGAAUGGAUUGGGUGAAAUGUUUGACGGCGCGAUUAAAUCCUGCAAAGAAAGGGGGUUUAUCAAUUAGUUGGUUGAAUUAAAAUUUCAUAUAUGUUGUUGUUGUUUUAGUAUAUUAAUGGUGAAGUUGUGUUUGUUUAGCUUUGGUUUAAUGUUGUUAUGGCGUUGUUACUUGUUAAUGUCGUUUAUGUACUGUGACUUGUGAAUUGAAAUACAAUUAAAAAAUAUUAUUUAAAUCACAAA